ACAUUGGGAGCAUGUAACCUCACCCAUGAAGGCUUCCAACUAAAAGCUCAAGUCCAUGUAACCUCAUUUUUGCACGCUUAUUUCUUAUUGUACCCUUAUUUUUAUCCAUCAAUAUAUUUCUAUUGGCCCAACAUAAAAAAAAAAAAAACAAACAAAUAAAUAAAUAGAUAGAAAAGUGAGUUCUGCAGCGUAUUGCAAAUUGCAAUUGGAAAAAAAUUAGGUCAGAAAGUGUCGAAGAUGGAGGAAGGAUGGCGUGCUGUUGUGAAUGUUCGUCAACAACAUGUUUCUGAACUGCGUACUUUGUUUCAUUUGGAGCAGGUCAGCGUUUGGAACCAUCUUGGUAUCGUUGGAAAUUUUCGGAGAAUCGAAUACAACAUCAAUGAAGGUUUGUCUUUCUAUUUCAAUAGCUUAUCUGAUGCUGCGGAAGUUGUCAAUCUUAUAGUGGACAUACUUCCUGCCCAGGUUCAGUGGAACAAGAUUGAUCCAUACCUUUUUUCUGUUGAAAUCGUCCCAAUUUGCUGCGGGGAUUUGAUUAUUCUGCCUAGUAAUAUUGCUGCUUCUUUAGGUCCAAAUAUUGGUCCUAUUGUUAUUUGUACUAGGGUUGCCAAAACAUUUACUUUGCUUGAUCCAUUUACCUUGACCCACUGUUUCUUAAAGGCUGGUCAAUACUGGGAUGCACCCUUCACGCCUUCAUUCUCUAGGCCUCAGUUAGUGGAAUAUGCUGUUCUCGGUAUUGAGAAAUUAGAUGAGGAGGAGGAGGAGGAGGUGGAGGAGAAUAAACAGAAGAAGAAGCUGGUUUUUAAGGAUGAACAUGAUGAAGAUGGUGAUGCUUUUGCUACUUAUACUGCUGCUGCCAAAAAAUAUCGUUUAGCUAAUGCCAUAGUUGCUCGUGUCAAAGAUAUUGGAAAUAAUAAUCACACUUUUCAAAUCAGGACUCAUCUUGGUCGUAUUUUAAAACCCGGUGACCAUGCUCUUGGUUAUGACCUGCCUGAAGGAGAUCCCAUUUUGAUUACCAAGAUUAGUUUUGCUAAAGAGGAGAAUGGUAGAGUUGUUCCUGUUCAGGAUAAGUGGGAAUCUGGUUAUCAACUCUUCUUAAAAGAUCUACAACAAGACCCUAAACUCCUCUUCGACCAAAGAGCAAUCUACCGAAAUCCAACCUACUGCCAUCCAUCUGGCCCACUCUUCAGAUCCCCCUUUUAUAGACCUUUUUUUCCAUUGGAGGAUUUGCUUGAUGGAUGAUGAUCUACUUACAAGCUUAAACAAACAUCACUUCUAUUGAUGUUUUGUUACUUCCAAUAACAAAAACAAGGAAGAUGCUUUUCAUUUAUUAGCUUUUUUAUAUUUGCUGUUUCUAUUUCAUGUUUAUGUUUAUUCCGAUAACAAGAACAACUUACUUUGUUGCAAUUUGCAAUUUCUGUUUGAUAUUUAUGUUUAUUAGAACAAGUUAUGUGUGUUGAUCGUGCUUCCCAAACCAUGCCUGUCAUUAUAUUCGGCAUAUAAAGUUCCUUUCACCAUUUACUUUCCUGUCUUCCAUGCAUGUGUUACACUAGGAAUCUUACAGAUGCAGGUAAGCAGCUAAUAUGCAUUGGUUUGAUCUUCUCUGCUAUGUAAAUAUCUGUUUCGUAAAUUUUAAACAGUUGUUUGUUUGUGGUAUA